AUGGAAUCCACCGCUUGGAACCGUCUGCGAAACCUAUUCUCGAAAAUUCCAAACCCCGUCAAAACAACCUCCGCAAAGCCUAAGCCCACCAUUAUUGGAACUCCGGACAAAAUGAAUCAUAAGCCCGCCGCCGGACUCGCGAAACCCACCCAGCCGGAACCCAUUUCCGAUGCUGCAAAUCCCAAUAAAACUUCUGUUGAUGCUAUAGUGAAGAAGUUCAAGGCCUCCUCAGAUAGUAGAAGGUUUCGCAAGCGCGAUUUCUAUUAUGAAGCCACCGUACGCCGUCUUGCUAGCCGGGGAGAGUUCUCCGCCGUCGACGAGAUCCUUCAACACCAGAAAACGUACACCGACAUCGCCGACGAGGGUUUUGCGGUGCGUUUGAUUUGUUAUUACGGGAAGGCUAAAAUGUUUGAUGAAGCCCGGAAGCUGUUUGAUGAAUUGCCGAGCUUGAAUUGUGAACGAACCGUGGUUUCUUUUAAUGCCCUUUUGAGCGCUUGCGUAAACUCAAGGCAAUAUGACAAAGUUUUCGAGUUGUUCAGCAAAGUCCCGGUGGAAUUAGGAAUUGAACCCAACGUUGUUUCUUACAAUACGGUUAUCAAAGGUUUCUGUGCUGUUGGCUGUUCUGAUGAAGCUCUUUCCAUGUUGGAUGAGAUGGAAAAGAACAAUGUCAAGCCCGAUGCGGUGACUUUCAACACCCUUUUGAAUGCCUUUAACCAGAUGGAAAAUUUCUCGCAGGCGGAGAAACUGUGGAGUUUGAUGGAGGAGAAGGAUGUGGUGGCUAAUGUCGGGAGUUAUAACGCUAGGUUGAGAGGUCUGGUGGCGAGAAAUCAGAAUGCUGAAGCUGUGGAGUUGAUAGAUGAAAUGAGAGCGAAAGGCGUCGCGCUAGAUGUUUUCAGUUACAAUGCUUUGCUUAAAGGUUUCGUCGAUGAUGGAAAUCUAGAAGAAGCUAAAAGGUGGUACUGGAACAUGAUUGAACACGGUUUGAAACCUGAUAAGGCUACAUUUGGUAUGCUGGUACCAUUUGCUUGUGACAAGGAUGAUUUUGAGUUUGCGUUUGAGAUGUGCAAGAAGGCCAUAAAAACGAAUCAAAAAGUUUAUCAAUCCGUCGUCCAGAUGGUCAUUGAUGGAUUGGUAUUAAGAUCAAAGGAUGAUGAAGCAGAAAUUCUCAAGAAGAUGGCAAGUACCUUCGUAUUCAGGAAAUUAAAUUGA